AUGAAUAACGAACAAGAAUCUUCUCCUUAUAAUGAAUUUUAUUAUUAUGAAGAUGAAAUGUACAACGAAUCAUUUCUAACUACUCAUCAAAACAAUCAACAAUUUACCAAUAUUACAAAUCAAUAUGAAGAAAAUGAUGAUAAUAAUGAUCAUGUUGUUCAUCAUAAUCAAUUACAAACUCAAUCGCAACAGACUCCAUAUAUGUACGAUACGAAAUUUUUAGAAUAUACCGAUCCUUUGGAAGUGAGCAGCAAAAGAAUGGAUCCAAAAUUUAUAAACUCGGAAUCAAAUCUAUUUAAUUGGACCUUUGUCGAAAAUUCUGCACCAUUAUAUUUUGACAAUAUGUAUGAUACUGCCGAUGGAUGCUUUAGUUAUGCAGGAUUGCCAGCAGAAUACAUUUUUGACUUUAGUCAAAAAUAUUAA